CUGUUUCUCCGCACUUUUACUUCCUCGUUGCGUCUUACACUCUUUCAGACGCUCUCUUUCAGACUUUACCUUACGUUACAUAGCUCUGGUUGGCAAUCUACGUUCUUUUUGACCUUUCUUCGACUUUGAACGACCCUUUAGCGCUCAUUUCAUCGAUUUCCACGCCUCAAUACUUCACGAUGCGUUUCGCUACUAUUGCCGCUACUGCGGCGAUUUUUGCCCCUACAGUUGUCUCCGCUGAUGGCGUUCUUGGCUUUGCAUUGGGAACUAAGAUGGGCGAUGGAAACUGCAAGUCUCAAUCCGAUUACGAGGCUGACUUCGAAGCCAUCUCUUCCCACUCCGGGUCUAAACUGGUCCGUGGAUACGCUGCCUCCGACUGCGAUGCUGCCAAGAAUAUUCUCCCAGCUGCAAAGUCUAAGGGCUUUCAGGUCGUGCUGGGUAUCUGGCCUGAUGUGCAGGAGUCUUUUGAUGCAGACACCAAAGCUAUCACUGAACAUGCUGGCGACUACGCCGAUCAGAUCUAUGGUGUAACGGUCGGAUCGGAGACUCUUUAUCGUGGAAACUUCACCGGUGAGGAGCUUCUCAGCAAAAUCAAGGAAGUCAAGGGCAUGCUCGGCGACAAGAUCAAAGUCGGCACUGCCGACUCAUGGAACAAGUGGGCUGAUGGAACUGGUGAUGCCGUCAUCAAGGGGGGCGUCGAUAUGAUCUUCGUUAACGCCUUCGGAUACUGGCAAGGCCAAGACAUCAACAAUGCAACCCACACCUACGCUGACGACCUCAUGCAAGCUUUUAAACAUAUCCAAUCCGUUGCCGGUAACACCAACAUUGAACUCUGGAAUGGUGAGACCGGUUGGCCCACCGACGGAGCAACCGACUACGAAGAUGCCAAAGCCGGCACAAACAACGCCAAAAGAUACUACGAUGAGGGUGUUUGCGGUCUCAUCGGUUGGGGCUACAAUGUAUUUUCAUUUGAGGCAUUCGACGAGCCAUGGAAGCCCAGCAGUGUUGGUGACAACGGUCAGGCCAAAGACGAGACUAAGUGGGGAGUGAUGAAGGCUGAUCGCACACCCAAGUUCGAAUUGGACUGCAACAAGAUCUAGAACCCGUGUCUGGCGUAUAUUGACAUCAAUGGCAAUCGAAGGCGCACGUAAACAAAUAGAGGCGAGGGUGUAGCGGGAUACACAUUUAGUGGAUCAUUUUUCUUUUAUGAGAUUGUAUUCUUAGCCGGUACUGGGCACUGUUCGAGACUUGCGCUGAAAUAAGUUGGUGGAUUUCCAUACAUGCAUAACAUGAUGGU